UUCCAGGAACCCGUCAGGAAGAAGAUAAACAAAACAAACCAGAGAGGAAGACGGCGUGGAUUGAGAAGAAAUGACAUUAACUUUUUCUAAACACGAUUUAAAUUUGGAGUUACAACCAUUUUUUCUAGUAUAUGGGUUGCUUAAAGACAACAGUGAACUGAGGAGGACAACUCAGCCAUACUUAAAUGUGCUGCUAAAGCCUCCAUAUUGAAAACAAGAACUCUUUUUUUUUAUAUACAUACUUAAAAUCAAACUUCCUCCAGAGAUUGAAGAAAAGAUAAGGAGUUUGAGACAGGGGAGGUGGCAGAAAAGUUUCCGUCAAGGAACUGAAGAUCUGUGCUCGGCAAUGCCUCAGCCCAGCAUUAGCGGAAUGGAUCCUCCCUUUGGGGAUGCGUUUCAAAACUGUUCUUUUGCUGACCAGGCGCUGACCAGCACAGACCUGUUGGCUAACAGUUCUGACCCAGAUUUCAUGUAUGAACUGGAUCGGGACAUGACUUGCUGCCAGAGCCCUAGAGGAGACAUUUUCACAGUAGGGGACUGCAAGGACAUGGACAGCAUGGAUCAACCUGAGCUGGCAGACAACGAACCUGCUUACAGCUCAAACUUUGAGCAGUGGGACACGUACUGGGAGGACUUGACCAAGUACACCCGCCUCACCAGUUGUGAUAUCUGGGGCACCAAGGAAGUUGAUUUCUUGGGCCUUGAUGACUUUUCUAGCCCUUACCAGGAUGAGGAAGUGAUAGGUCAGACACCUACCCUUGCCCAGCUCAACAGUGAAGACUCACAGCCAGUUUGUGACACUCUUUACCAUCCGGACUUGUUGGUGGGUCAAAAACAGCUUUUGUUUCCACCUCCCAACAUGGUGAAGAGCACCAACAGACUCAGCAACUCUGCAACCAGCGCCUCAUCGAGUCGCAACCCUCUGCCGGACUUCGCCGAGGGAUCCCAGAAAGCUACCUGGCCUGUUGCCUCCAGCACUGACACGAUGGCCAAGGCCCAGUUUCUGGGCGCUAUCAAAGCCCCACCUGGGAUUCUGGACAACAUGGAUUACGUUCGCAAAGCCAAGGUACGCAUCAGCGUACCACGCAAGCCUUUAGUAGAGAGCUCUACCCAGCUGGUUAGUGUUUCCACCUCUCCUCCUAUCGAGGAGCACGAGUCGACUGCUUCGCUGAUCGCUGAGGAUCCAGCCAUCGCCGCUAACAUGGCAUCCUCCAUUAUCUGUGAGAAGAGAGCCGAGACUCCUAAACGAGAGGUACCAAGUGCUCCUGGUCCAGAAGUAGGCACCAUGAGGACGGUGCCACACAAACUCCACUUCCCUCCAGCUGCCGGCAGUGAAACCUUGAUCACUGUGAGUGCCCUUGGUUCCGACACUUCCGCCGCUGACAAAAAGAAGGAGGAAGAGCACAACUACUCGUUAUUCUUAACCAGGGCAAGACUGGCAGGGAAGGCAACUGCUGACAUGGAAGAAGAGGAGGAGGAGGAGGAGGAGGAGGAGGAAGAAGGCGAAGAAGAGGAAGAGGAGGAAGAGGCAGAGGGACUGGACCUAGAUGAUGAAGACCAUGAUGAAGGGUUCGGCAGUGAACACGAGCUCUCAGAGAAUGAAGAGGAAGAGGAGGAGGAGGACGAGGACUAUGAAGGCGACAAAGAUGACUACGUUAGUGAUGCAUUCUCAGAGCCAGGAUGUGACACCGAUAUGGUUGAUGAUGUCAAAGGCCUGACAGCUGGGAUUUCCAGGAAGAGGGGAAAGCGUAGAUACUUUUGGGAGUAUAGUGAGCAGAUCAUCCCAUCCAAACAGGAGCGCAUGCUAAAACCCUCCGAAUGGGACCGAGAUACCCUUCCCAGCAACAUGUACCAAAAGAAUGGACUGCAUCAUGGAAAAUACACAUUGAAGAAAUCGCGGCGGACGGAUGUGGAAGAUCUUACUCCAAACCCCCGAAAGCUGCUUCAGAUUGGCAAUGAACUCCGGAAGCUCAAUAAAGUUAUUAGUGACCUGACGCCCGUUAGUGAAUUACCCCUAACCGCUCGGCCUCGGUCUCGCAAGGAGAAGAACAAGCUUGCAUCCAGGGCCUGCAGGCUGAAGAAAAAAGCUCAGUAUGAAGCCAACAAAGUCAAGUUAUGGGGCCUUGGAACUGAAUAUGAUCGUUUGCUCUUUGUGAUCAAUGCAAUCAAAGAAGAGAUAGUCAACAGAGUUCAAGAUAUCUCAAAUGACAAAGAAACAAGCAUGACAGAGAAGUUGGAUAAACUCAUUGAUGAUACCCUAGUGCAGCCACCAGUGGCCGGCCAGACUUCAGACUUUGUGAAUCAGAUCCUGGAGAACACUGGGAAAGGAGAUCCCACCGGAGGGCUGGUGGGGUUGCGUGUGCCCACAUCGAAAGUGUAACGCCACCCUGGCAGGCACCUCGGAGCACACAUGAAGCCAUCAGCGCCAUUCUUGUCCCACACUGUAACAGCCCAACACUCUGCAUGUCCAUUUCACUUGGAGACACAUUCUCACAUUGAAAGUGAAUACAUGCAUACGACACCCGCCUGUCUGUGCAUACGUAUGUAUAUAUUCACCUCUUGCGCACCAAUGGAAAUGAAACUAUAGUAGUUAACCUUUGCACUCAGUAGUCUAUUUCCUACCAUGUGUGCAUGUGGCAGGUAUCAAUCAACAGGCCGCCAUGUUGCAAAUAUUAAAAGCCAAUAUAUGAGAUACCUCCAACAAAUGAGAAAAAGAGAGAAAAAAAGCUAAACAAUGAUCACCAGUCUUUGCUGUAGCCAUUUUCCUCUUGCAUCCAGCUAAAUCUGUCAAAUGCCCAUAAAGCGUUUUGAAAAGCAGAGCAGAGAAACUACGAAGGCAUUAGCUCCUUUGAUUUAGCAGUCAAAAGGGUGGAAAUGCAGACUUUCCGAGCUUUUGAACGCGGCAUGUACUAUUUCACCUUUAUACACCGACGACAACAAUGCUGAGGCAAAUACGGAAGAACACAAAUACUGAUGUUCAACAAAGAGUAGUGCGACGUUACUGAAGUUUGGUGUAUAUAUGUAGGACAGAGAUGCGUCGAGAGUAGUAGGUGAGGAAACGGGCCUCAGACGCCCGUUUCCGCACACUUGCGAUCGUCUCAGGUUGGAGAGAAAGAGAAAGAGUGUGUAUGUGUGUUUUUUCCUUCCUCUUUCUUUGACUUGAGCAGAUGGUCAGUUAAAUCCCUUAUUGUAAAUAGGCGGAAUGAUUAUUAUCCACUGGUGAAACCUUUUCCUUUCUACACUUUGGUUGAAGUGCCCUCGCAUUAAAUCACCCUUGAUGUUGUUUUGCGAAUUCUCAGCGAAAGGGGCUUAAAAAGUUGAUUCCCAGAUUGGGUUUUGUUUAUAUUUGUACUUUAUACAAGUAAGAUUCAUUGUGCCUUGUAAUCGCGGAGUUGAGGAAAAAUAAAACUCGAUAGAGAGCGCAAAUGGACCAUUUUGCAGAAAGCAAGUAGUCGAGGGGGGAGUCGAGGUUUGUAAUGUAAUUCAGCUCUUUAAAGAUACUCUGAAUGUACAUAGGAACAUGGAAAAUAUAUAUGCCACAGAGUCUGUGCUUUGUAUCAAAAGAUGGCUCUGGCAAAUGUCUUUUUUCGGUACUUCGUUUAAGAGGGAUGGGGGGUGGGCGGUGUCGUACUAUAAGAAAUAUUCACAUAUAAAAUACAAAAAUGAUGUUUGCACACUAUAUUUUGAUUGUUUUGUUUUUUGUACCAAAGACACAUGCAACUUAAAAUGGCAACUAGCCAGUCUAAGUAAGGAUUUGCACAGCUUACCUGACACCGUAUUGAAUGUAGGAAAAAUGGUAGGGUCAGGGAUUUCUAAUGAACUGUGAAAUUUGCUUGGGUCCAAUUCUCUGCAGAAAGAAGCGUUCAUUUGCAUCCUCGUCGAAUUUUGUACUGUUCUUUUUGGUUCUCCAAUAUAUUUCUUCGAAAUGUUUGUACCACCGUUCGUUUUCCCUCCAUGAAGUUCUGUUGCGUAUUUAAAAGUCCAGCUAUAAAGAUGUUUCUGUUUUUGCCCAUAAGAAGACAUGAUCACAAAACCAACAGUUUUUGCUAUAGUUGUAGAGAAGAGUGCAUACACAAAAAUAAUACACAAAGUCCUUGUUUAUAGUUUGUAAACACAUUAAUCCAUGCACACAUCGAUAUUAAGAAUUGAUAAGUUACUCAGCAUGAAACGUUUCUAUGCUCGUGUCUUCUUAUUCUUAUUGUUGAAAUAUUGAAAGAAAAAUUAAAUUGUGUAUAUUUUUGUAGAAAUUUGCCUUUAUCUUUCUUCUCCACGUUGCCCACAGAUCUCUCUUCUGAAAUGUUUUGAAAGCACUUAUCUUGCUAAGGAAAAUCAGAUGAUCCUUUGCAAAUUGUUUGUUUAAAAUUGUAUUUAACACAACGAUAACUUGUAUACUUUGCCGGCUGAAUCUCAUGAUAAAAAGUCUAGUAUCGAUGAAAACAAAAAAGUACUUUUAAAUUUAAAUUCACUACAACACGUUACCAUUACAAUUUACAUCAAGUAAAUGAGAAAUUAGUCUUAAUUUUAAUGAUUAAAGUAAGUUUUCGUGAGAUUUCCCUGCCGCCAUGUUCUCAAGCUGCUGCAAAAUUUGUUCAUUCUGAAAAAUCUCUUCCAAAGGCCUUUUAAAAGUGACUUUAUUCUUGAUGCUGAAGCUUGUGGAGAAGGUUGUCGCUCAAAUAUCAUUUUGAUCAAAGAAGGGAGAAUAUUUUUUCCUUUAAAAUCUAAACUGGUAGAGUUUUGUAAAGCUAUUUUUCUGUAUUUACUUUUGGUAGCAUAGUAAAGAUUAUAUAUUCCGUCCAUUAUGUGUUGUAACUUCUUUUUUUUCUUUUCUUUCUUUUUUUUUUUUUUUUGUACAUAGAAAGGAAUUUAGAUUUAUUCUAAUUGUGGAAUAUAUAUCUAUAUUCUAUUAUAUAUCUAUAAAUCUAUAAAUGUAUAAUAAGUUCUAUAUUACAUGUAAGAAAGCAAAAGCACUUUGUCUAGACAAAAAGAAAAAACAAAACAACAAAAAAAAAGCUUCCCCCCUCCCAUUUGCUGCUAAACCGACCUCGUUUGAAUGCUGCGGUGCGUACUUGACUUUUGCCAUCUUGACCAGAGCAGUGUGACAGAGAGGUCUUGAGUGGAGAGAGACAUUCGUAUGCGUGAGGUCUCUGACGUCACAAUCUUCAUUUGCCUUCAGUAGACAUUUCCUAUGGAAAAAUACAAAUUCUGCUUUGGAUUUUUCUUCAGGUCGAUGUACAGUGUUGACAUUCUCUCUGGCCAGAGAUUGGUAUUGUUGUCAUUGAUUUUUUUAAAGUAAUUUUUUACUUACUGAGGGAAAUCUGAGGUAUUUGACAAAGUAGCUCAGAAAAAAAAAAGAAAUAUAUAUAUAUAUAUAUAUAUAUAUAUAUAUAUAUAAAAUCGCUGUACUGUAAGGCAGUUCCAUUUGCCAUGGGGAAUCAAUUGGACUAGUCUUUAUUUAGUUUUAGUUUUAGUUUUUUUUUUUUUUUGUCUUUAAGAGCCCAUCUAUUCUCAAAAGACGGCAAAGCCGUUUGUUAUGGCGGCAACGACUGGCCUUUCUUGUGCCAUCUAGAGCUCAAAGCUUCCAGGAGAGUCAUGAUAAUGACUCGAGCGUAUAAAAAAUGAUAACAAUCGUCCUGUACAAUAAGCUUGAUGGCAAGUAACAAUGAGCAUACGGAGAUGGAAAUGCAUGUUGUCCUUCUGUCGACGGCCUGCUGUAUUGAGAGCGUUUGGUGGUUAUUGUAGUGCGCAAGCUCUCGCAUUCAACGUGAUGUUGUGAGCUGUGCUGUUUAGUGUUUUAACCAGGGGACUCUGUGGCAUUCAAACAGUUAAGGAAAAGGUUGCUAUUUAAAGCCAGUAUUUUAUCUUUCUUUCUUUUUUUUGUUUUGUUUUUGCUGAUAAGCUUUUUAUAUAAAGAAAGAUAUUUAAAGAACACAUACACAUAUACACGCACACAUUUGUAUAUGUGUGUUUGUUUUGUUUCAUAAUGGGCUGUCACAUAAGAAUGAAUUAUGUUUAUUUUAUAAUCUUGGGGAAAUUAUUUCUGCCUUCAAAAACACAGAUAUAUGCAUUGAAUACAUUAAAAAAAAAAAAAAAAAAAAACAGCAGUUCACAAAAAGUAAAUAUAAUUCACUAUUUAAUUUUUUUUUUUCCGCAGUUUAAAUGUUUUUUGCAUAGUCCGACAUUUAGCAUCAUAUUCUUUUUUUUUUUUUUUUUUUAAAGGGAAAUAAUGUAGCUUUCUGUUUAUAAACGAUUUGCGUGGUUUGCUUGUUUUUUUUUUUUUUUGCACAAUUUUAUUAAAAUUCGCUCGUACCGUGAUAUGCUAAUGUAUCCUGAAAAAAAAAAAAGCUAGCUAUUUCAAUUUGAUUGAUUGAUUGUUUUCAUCGUCUGCAUAUUGUUGAUGAUUCAAUAAUUUUGGACGCAAAGCUGCUAAAUCAUGUUGUAAAAUUGUGUAGAGAAUCAAAGAUCAUUCCCUGUUACAUUCAAGCUACGAGCAAUGGGUUUUAUAUGAUAAACAAUUAUUUAUCAAAAGAUGGAUCUUAUGCCACUAUAUUUAUACAGCGGAUUCAUGAAACUCACUUUGGAUUCUUUCUAAAAUGGCUACAGUAUAUACUCAAGAGCAUUCAAACAAGCAUUUACCUUUCCUUUUCAAUGGUUUGUGUAGAUAUGUUUUCGCUAUAUUCAAGAAAGAUUACUCCUAUUGGUGCACUAUGCAGGUUUUCCUCUGUAGAAAGACAGGAUGAUGCUUUCGUUUACAGCACUUGUGUUUCUUCUUCUUUUUUUUUAACAAUUGUAUCUGAUUUAUGGGUUUUGUAAAAGUACUUAUCGAUGGAAAACAACAUGGUGACGAAACUGAGAAAUAGCAUUUCACGGAAGGCGGCCUGUCUUAUUGUUGCUAAAUAAACAUGCUCUUUCCAAUGUAUUUAACCUAUUGAAUGUUGUAGAUUUGUUUUGCUUUUGUGCUGUUGUUUAAUGGACCUUGAUGAAUCAUUUUACAAUUCUGUGCAUUUUGUUACUCUGUAUCUUGUGUUCUCGUUUCAAGGUUUAGCAGCAGAACUCGAGCAUGCAUUCCUACAUAUCAUGACUCCUGCUGCUCGUAAAUGUUCCAUUAACAAAUCUGUAUGAUCCCUUUACAUAUGAUAUUUGAGACCAUGGAUAUGUUUGUUUGCGCAUGCUAACCUCGCUAAAUUGAUAUUCAUGGAGCUUUUGCGACAGACAGUCUUUAUUCUAACCAAUGAGCACAAAUGGGAAAAGAAUCUUUGAUACUUAAUCACCUCCAUCACUCUCCACGAGCUGAAAAAGACCCAUGAUGCACUUGGUUUUACAGAAUUUCCCAUGUUAUUUUUAAAAUGAUGCCUGCAAAAUCAGGUGCCUUAUUCAGACAUGAGAAUCCAAACUUGAUCUAUUGACAUUUUUUUUACAGAAACGAGAUUGCCCAAUAUGCCAAGAAUUAAAUUGUUUCCUCUGAAAUUCCUUCUCUUUUGUUUGUUUUCCUGCUGUGUCGAGCAGUGAGCUUGCUUCAGAUGAGAACUGUUGCUGCUUUGCCCUCUUACAGUUUUCAUUGAAAGAUGAAUGUAGUCUUCCUUCAGUGGAGUCCAGUAUGAUUAAACGUAAAGACUUUGUCCCGUAUGUUUUGGUUGAGAGACUAUCCAAAGAGUGCUGCAAUCAUAGACUUUUUUUUUUUUUUUUUUUUUUAUGUUUAUAUCAUCGAUUAUAUAUAUAUAUAUAUAAACCAUGUGAGAUUUCUUCUGUUUAGGUUCUGGUGCAAGUUUGAAUCUGCCUUUGUUUUGACCUCGUCUUGAUUCGGUAGAAGCAUUCGUACAUGAUACAUUGUAACUUUUAUACGUUCGACGUACGCAGUGGUGGAUUCUUCAGAAGCCCUCGGAGUGGAAGAAGCUUUGCAAAGACAAUGUCAAACCUUUAUCAUUGUGUCCCCUCAAGAUUAUUGUGCCUCCCGAUUCUUCUGGAUCUUCUGUUCCUCAGAUCGCCGGCUAUGACCUGGAGCAGAGUCAUUCACCAACAAACAAACAAACUGAAAUGGCCUUUAGCAGUUGUUCUCCAUUGAACAGAAUCAAGGUUUUCCACGAACACAAACACGAGAAAAGGAAAAAAAACGACACAAGCAGAGGUGCGCAUUGCUCGGCCUAGUCGCGGAGGGCGGGAAGUCUCAGCAGACAUCCCCAUUCGUACGCUUUCCUUGCACUCAGUCACUCCCUCAGAGAAAAGUUGAGUCUUCUUUUGGUGGUUUCCGCUGCAUGACUCCCUUCAUGGCAAAAGGGGGAAAGAAGCUCUUCGUUUUAUUGGGUUCAAAAAAACGUGGACAUUGGGUAGGAGUCCUGUCUCGCCACCCAUGGUGCUGAAUUUCAAAAUAUGUACUUGAACAUCCUCAGAGCUAUGACUUGGCAUGUGUGGUCAGGUCCGUGAACUCUUCUCCCUCCCCGAUCUUGCGCUAGAAACCGUUUCGAAAUAAAGUUGCUCUUAAGACAUCUGCUCAAGCCACUGCAACACCUGUGCCAAGACCCGACCCCAUAGCGGGUGCUCAAAUUGGACUUGGACCGAACCAGUGGUCGGGCGGGAAAAGGGCCGUGCUAAUGUAGCGGUGAUAGCUUAUUUUGAUUGUCUGUCUGUUUGUUUGUUUUUGUUUUUCUGUUGAGGAAGACAUGGAGAAGCUAGUAGGGUUACUUGGACUGUUGGGCCCAGAUCUCUCGAAUCACUAACGGACUCUAAAAACCAACCUUACCAAAAAGGUUGACGACGACGACGAACGCUCGCACCUGUCCGAUCGCAUACUUUUCUACACGAUUACACUGCAAUGAUUUACAUUCCCUUCCAAACCUUUGCCAAAUUUGCAUCCAACUACUAAAUUGACCUUCAACAUUGGAAGCGGGUUUGCGAAAACGUAACCAGGGCCACCGAAAGCUUUUUGUUUCGAUUCCUUUCGUUUCUUUAGUUUUGAAAAUCCAUGCAACAUUCAAUUUACAAACGACUGACAUGAAGUGUCAGUUCUUUGAAAAAGAACGAAAAACCAAGAAAAAAAAAAAAAACACAAUACGUGAACUUGUGCUUCUAAUGUUGUAUGGUAUUCUACUUGAUAAUUUAGCAUGGGAUCUUUAAGUAGCUAGUAUUGUGUGUGUACUCCCCAAGUGUAAAAUCUCUCUCUCUUUAUUUUUCUUCUUUUUUUUUUCGUUCGUUCGUUUGUUCUAGUCAGUAGGAAGGCUGUAUUUCAUUGCUAAGUGCUCUGUCAUAGAUCUCUUGGUGAUAUUCUUAAGCAAAACUUUGCAAAAGUGUAUCCUACUGAAACUAACAGUUACUUGAUCCUAUUAGCAAUGUCUAUAUUUGUAGUUCACAUAUAUGCCUGUUCAAAUACAAUAUCUUGACAGUUGUUCUAUUUAUGUUUCAGUGUUGUGCUGGGUUUUGACAUUUUCUUUCACUUUUGUUUCUUUUUUUUUUUUUUGUUGUUUUUUCGGCACAACUAGUUGGAGAACAGCUUGGUUUAUUGAGCCUUGUUAGUGUACAGAUGUGAAGUAGGCUUAAAAGCAGUUGUGAUUGAUCUUCAAAAUGUGUCUGUUUGUGUUAUUGUGCCUCUUAUUAUUUGAUUUCAAUUUUUUGUAUUAUCCUUAAUUAUGUCACUGCAUUGUAUCAGCCCGGAGUUGGUACCACAAUUCUGCUUGUAACCAUGAUAGUCUAAUUCUAUUAUUGAUUUUACUAUCAAAAUAAACAUUAGAAACUGCA